CAGUAAAAUUUGCGUAUUAUCAUGUUGAUCCUCCCAUAUGUGCCAUACUCGUGCCACAGCUGAUGUUAUAUUAUUAGACCCGCUGAUUUCGUAGUAACGCGGUUUCGCGAAUAGUAUGUAAGCAAAAUGUGUUCAAAUUCUCCUACUUCCCUGGAGGAACGGAGCUUGAUUGAGGGGUUGCACCCGAAUUCAAUGGAGCAGUAUCGAACCAGCCCACCACGGAGACGACGCGUCCUCCUGGAGCCACCGGUAUUUCUAAUGUUCUAUGCCUGGAAUGUAUCGGCCGCCGUAUUCACGGAUCAAAUUGUGUACCAGGCAUGUACGGUUUCGCUGGGGAUUAAUAAAUCAGAGUGCGCCCUACUCGGCAAGGAACAUGAAUCUCCCGAAGUACAAUCCCUGGAGGCCAGAGUUCAACCGUAUUCGGCGGAUAUUCUGAUGGUAGAGGCCGUGAUGGAUUCGAUGCUGCCGGCGGUGUUGAAUCUGUUCAUAGGCCCUUGGUCGGACCGGUUUGGCCGGAAACCGGUGAUGAUAGUGUCGUUCGUUGGCUGUAUGGUUUCUUACGUGAUAAUUACCACGCUGUGUUAUCUCUCCGACCAGCUGCAGCUGCAGCUGGAUCCCUGGCUGUACGCAAUUGCUUUCGUUCCCACAGCUCUAUCAGGAGGAUAUUGUACACUUAUGACCAUUGUUUACUGCUAUAUUGCGGACGUCACCUGCGAGCAGGAAAGAGGAACCAAAAUGACCAUUUUGGAGGCUAGCAUGUUCGUCGGGAUACUGCUGGGCAACAUCAGCAGUAGUUUUAUCUUACGAAUGACCAACUCAACAACGGUUUUCGCCAUAGCUACCUUGUCGGUGUUCCUGGCCGUGCUGUAUAUUGUCGUUGAAGUGAGGGAAAGCAUUCCAACGAACGAACAUCAGCAUGAUGGUUUCUACGAGAAGUUCCGGUACCUGUUGCGACCCCGCUUGGUGAUCGAUACGCUCAAUAGCAGCUUCAGUGGUAGACCACACUUCGACAGGGCUAUCAUUCUGAUGGGUACCGUUGCCUUGGGCGGAAGUAUGUUUGCAAUAGAGGAUACCUAUACGGUGUUCUUCCUGUUUCUGAGGAAACAGUUCAACUGGGCCGUGCGGAAAUAUUCCUUCUACAGUUCGGCCGAGACCAUUUGUAUGAUUUUGGGAAACUUGGUUGGUACUUAUGGGCUGCUGAAUCUGGCCGGAAUGACUGAGGCCGGGAUAGCGGCAAUAGGCUUUUUCAGUUGCCUCCUGAAAAGCAUCGCAAUAGCGGUUGCUUACGAAUCGUGGCAUUUGUAUUUAGCAAUAUUUGUGUGCAUGCUGAGUGGCAGUGCGGGUCCAAUGAUAAGAGCGUCCAUUUCAAAUUCCAUCCCACCGGAUGAUAUUGGGAAGAUAUAUUCCUUCGCGUCAACGUUCGAAGCGUUAAUGCAACUCGGUGCCGCACCGUUGUAUACGUUCGUGUAUAAAAAUACUCUUUCUUGGUAUCCUGGAGCGUUCAGCUGGAUUAGUGCUGGGGUAUACGCGGCUUGCUACUGUCUGACCAUGAGUAUUUGUAUUCUACAGUCUAUUCAGAGGCCCAUCUAUACGGCUGUAGCGUGAAAUUCGUGUGUUCAUCCCAUUUUUAGUUGUUUUAUUUGCGUGGUCGUAUUUAUAAGCUAUGAAGAUAGAUUUAAUUUUGUUGUAAACAUGAUACAGUAGAAACCGAUUAUCCACAGAAUUGGGUGGCAAGAUCACCACGGCUAAUGAGAAUCGCGAGUAACGCAAUGAACCAAUGAAAAAGGCAUUUCAGCAUGAAAACUCCUUUUCAUUAGUUAGUAAUUAAAGCUUUAAACGUAUACAAACAGCAGAAAACUUUGCUCUAUGCAUACAUCACUAAAAUACAUCAGAAUACAUCGGAAUUGAGAUACAUCACAACCACUAACAAUUUAUUUUUAUGUGGUUUAUGUGAUAAUAGGUAUUUUACUGCAUAUGCGAAUGUUGUAUUAUCUAGUAGUAACUGUGCAUUGGUAGUACAAAUUUACAUAAAUUGGUCAUUCUCCUUGAUCAUGAGUAUUCUGUAACGAUGACGAUGCAUAAGGAUAAUUAACGAUGAAUUGCACUGAGUUCAUUUAGAAUCCGGGGUCACAAAACCAGUUGUAUCGUGGAAUUGGUUAACACUUUCGUCGCCCAGAGUGAAUCGGUUGAGUUUCUCGCGGAGCCCAAAUUCAACUAUCGGUGCACUAGAGAAAUAAGCGGGCAACGAUAAUAAUGAAUUCCGGUUCGACUCAGGACUACUUUUCUGUUGAAUUCGAAUGAAAUCAACUGACUGCUGAUUACAAAACUUAUAAAAAUAUUUUUUCAGCCAAUUAUACAGUGUUGCUAAUGAUAAUAAAAAAUAAAAUUCAACCAAAAAUACUUGCUCUAUAUACUAUAUUCGAUGACGAUGAAUAACUGCAAUUUUAUUGGAGAAUAUGCAAUAUUCUGUUCAAUCGAUUGAUUCUCGGAGAUUCUGUGAAUAUAUCGUACCAAGAACAUAUGUCACUUUUGUGGGAAAAUAAUCGUCAAAAAUUUCACAAACUAUAUCACUAUAUCACCACUCCGACUUUUCACGUGCUUCGUUUUCAUUGUUCUUUUCGCUUGGUAAAUAAAAAGCUAAAAGAAGAAGCAAGUUGCAAGUUUUUUUUUCUGAGAAUAAGAAUAAUAAUUGCACAGCUCGGAUAGGCCCAAAAAAAAUGUCUUAGGCGCAAAUGUGUUAUUUCAUCCUCAAGAUGUUCACUGGGCUGCGUAAUAGUAAAUCUAAAAGUGAGGGAAGUAGUGAUGAUGUAAUAGUGCGAAGCGUUAGAAGAAAAGUUUCGAGUAUUAUCUCAUCGAGUUUCGAUUCGGAUAUUCAGGCAAUAUACGCAAGUGAAGCCCUGGACGAUAUGUUAGAACUUACUAUAGACGACAUAAAGAUAUGAAAAUUUUUAAUUUUAUUUUUGAAAAUGUUUUUUAACAGUACAUUCAGAAUGUGAUUUUUCUCUUCUUUGUCAAACAUCAUAUUUUAAUAAGAUAUCUAGUUUUUGAGUUACAAUUUUUUGAAAAAAAGAUCAAUCCGUUUAAAAAAAUCAGUCGUAAUUCAAAUUGGUCAUAUAAUAAUGAAAAUUGUAAUUCAGGUAGUUUUGUACCAGGUUUAAAAAAAAUCGUAGAGUUGCUCUGUACUGUCCGAGAGUUGUAUGAAUAAAAGUAAUUGACCAUUUUGAAUUUGAAUUUUUCAUGAUCCAAUGUGUUCUACUGUCAAGCCUUCUUCAUUUGAUAUCCAUGGUUCUGAAAAAAACAUAUAUCGCCAUUUUGGAUUUGCAUUUUUCAUAAAUAACUGUGUUCUACUAGUCAAGCUUUUUCAUUCGAUACCCAUAUUGAUGGGGUUUCGAUAGAAUAUGUAGUUCGCCAUUUUGUUGCGGCCGCCAUCUUGGAUUUUCAAGAUCAUAGAAUACGCAGUUUUAUAACGACAGCAGAGAUAAAGGCGUGUUCCAAAUUUCAGAUCAAUCGGUCAGCUGGAAGAGGGUUAAAUAUCUAUUGAUAUGGGACAACCCUACAGAUAAACAUACAAAGAUACUAACAAUAGAUCAUGCUAAAUAAAACCGUUUAAAAGUAUAGUAUGAAAACUAUAUAUUUUUUAUGUGUUAUUCCGUUUAAAAAUCCCAUUCAAAUUGAACGAAAAAAGUGUCACCCACAUCUGACGGGGCCUCCCAGGAAAUACACCUUCAGCGUUUUGUUUGGUUGUUUGCAGGCAAGGAAAUUACAAUAGCCUUCUCGCAUACGGUUUCUCUAGAUCAGGGGUUCUCAAACUGUUCUGGGCAAUAGACCCCUUUCCCAGAAUGAAGUGAUACCAUAGACCCCUAUAGGCAUUAUUUUCAUUAUUUUCUCAUUAAAAUUCAACAACAUAAAUAUGAACUUCAGUUAAUUACAAGUGUAAUUAAUAAUUUUAAAUACAAAUUACUUACAAAUAAAGUAGGUAACUAAUUUUUGAAACUAACUCUAAAAUCGCAAAGAAAAGAUAAAAAUAUGUUCCCGAAAGACGUAAUCCUACGUCAAAAACUAUGGGUGAGUUAUACCUAAAAUACAAUCACAAGGUUGACGUAGGACUAACGUGGGCUUAGUAGUCAUUUUAGUGUAAUUAUUGAUUAAACCAGUGAUUGAAUGGUACAAUUUCCGGAUUCAAACGCGAACAAAUCCCAAUUUAGGUCAAUUCAUGCAUUGUGAUAGAUUAUUUUCUUCGUUGCAAGUCGUAUGGCAUGACGCCUUGUUCAUUUCAUUUUUUUCU